GCAGCAUGUCUGUAAGGAGGAGGAGGAGGAGGUUCUCCCUGAGCAGCAGCUCUGUGACCAGGAGAGGAGCUCCAGUCUGGACCAGGAGGAACCAGAACCUCCACAGAUUAAAGAGGAGCAGGAGGAGCUGUGCAGCAGUCAGGAGGGAGAGCAGCUGGGAUUGGAGGAGGAGACGGAUACCUUCACACUGGUUUUGGAAAAAAAUGCCAUGCAGCGUGAGGGAGACAUCAGUCAUCAGUGCAGACCGUUGGAUGUCAUCUGGAAACCUGAAAUCAAGUUACACAGAAUAGACGUCCCACAGCAGCACGUCUGUAAAGAGGAGGUUCUCCCUGAGCAGCAGCUCUGUGACCAGGAGGAACCAGAAGCUCCACAGAUUAAAGAGGAGCAGGAGGAACUGUGCAGCAGUCAGGAGGGAGAGCCGCUGGGACUGAAGGAGGAGACGGAUACCUUCAUGGUGACUCUUACUUACGGUGAAAGCGACCACAGUGAAUCAGAACCAAUCAGUGAGCAGCUCCUCUCUCACAGCUCUCAAGAAACUGAGAGCCGAGAUCGGGAAGGGAGCGGGAAUGUUGAGUCAGGAAAGAGUAUCAAGCUAAGAGGGAAGAAACAGUUCAGAAACAGAGGUCACAGUGAUGUGGGUAACUGCAACACUGUUGCAGGUAAAAAGCCGGUAAAAUGCGCUUUCUGCGGAAAGGUUUUCAAACACAAGUCGCAGAUGGAGCGACAUCACAGGAUCCACACGGGCGAGAGGCCGUACUCCUGCACAACGUGUGGGAAAGGGUUCAGCCAAAGCAGCAAUCUGACCGUCCACAUGAGAACGCACACCGGCGAGAAGCCGUACUCCUGCGAAACCUGCGGGAAACAUUUCACCUGCAGCUACAGUUUGUUGGUCCACAUGAGAAUCCACACAGGUGAGAAGCCGUAUUCCUGCGAGGCGUGCGGGAAGCAUUUCAACAGUAGCUUCAACCUCAAAGUCCACACGAACACCCACGCGGGCGAGAGGCCGUAUUCCUGCAAACUGUGCGAGAAAACCUUCAGUCAGCCGAGUAACCUGAACGUCCACAUGAGAACUCACACAGGUGAGAAGCCGUGCCUUUGCAACACCUGUGGGAAAAGAUUCACAGACUUAUCGGCGCUGAAAAACCACAUGACCGUCCACACGGGGGAGAAACUUUAUUCCUGCCAAACCUGUGGGAAAAGUCUCAGCUCUAGGAAAGGCCUGAUGGUCCACAUAAGAACCCACACAGGUGAGAGGCCGUAUGUCUGCAACACCUGCGGGAAAAGGUUUACCGAACUGACGGCGCUGAAGAAGCACGUGAUGAUCCACACGGGCGAGAAGCCGUACAUCUGUAACACCUGUGGAAAAGGUUUCAUCCAGAACAUCCAUUUGCUGUAUCACAUGCGGACACACACAGGUGAGAAGCCUUACUCCUGCAGCACCUGUGAGAAACGAUUUAAAGACCCAUCCAAGCUGAAAAUUCACACAAGGACUCACAGAGGUCGGAAACAAAGUCCGGAAGCACCUGUGGGGGAGAAUUACCCGGCAGACCAGGCCCGAUAAACGUCUGUUUGUGAUGUGUGAGCUCGCCGUCACAGGCGUGUGUGAGAUAUCCCACAGUAAGGCUGUUAUUUACACCGCUGCUGUGAGCCUCUGUUAUUCUGUUACCUGUGUUUAUUCCACUGUUAAGGUUAUUUUGCUGUGUACUGUAGCUUUGCCUGUUAGGAGUCACCACAUUUCAGUCUCCGUCACCUGCAUGUUCUUGGCUCCUCCCACCUGGCAGGUCCCCCUUUAACAUUGUUGGGGUCGUUACUCCAAAAAUCCAGUAUGCUGUCUGCACGUCCUCGCUUAUUUAAAAGUCCCUGAAGAAAGUCGCACUUUACGUCAUUGCUGCAUUACUUAGAGACACCUGUGGUGCAAGCCUGCAGCUCUGUAUCUGUAUGUGAUACCACACCUCCAGUUUCUCCACAGAGACACGUUUCAGCUCCUGUCUCCGUCCAUCAGCUCGCUCGGAGCAAACAGCUCACCUGCUCCUGACGUGACACCGCUGCCGCUCACUAAUCUUCACUCUUCUUUCCCAGAACUUCUCCUGUGGUCGCCUUUAAUCCUUGGUGCUUCCUGCGGCUCUGCUCCAUGUCAUCAAUAUGCUUUAUGAGUUUAUUAGAUCUCACCACAGCAUGCGGCCUGCAGUGAACGCUCAGCGCUUAGAAGCCGUGGCAUUCAUGCAGAACGUCUUCAUGUUUCCUGGGAACGUUUAAAAUAUGAAGGUUUUUAUACGAGAUUUGUUUCAGUGUUUGAGAUCAGUGCAUGACUGAACAUCAGUGUAAAUGUCUGAAUGUUUAAUUCAAAUAUACACAUUAAACAUUUUAUUAAACUAUUAAA